AUGAAGAUCCGUAAGCUCUACGGUUUAUUAAAAAAAAUUUAUUAUGAAAAACGAAAAGAUUUCUUCCUUUAUUUUUUCUUUUUGUUAAUUCCGUUUUUGUUAAUAUCAUUCCAUUUAUUUUUAAGAAAUAUCAGUGACAAAUAUUCCUUAGAAAUAUAUAAUACAUCCUAUCCAAAUGAUAAAAUUAAUUUGAACGAUACAAUAAGACAAUAUGUCUUAUUUUUAAGUAAUGAAUUGUGUUCAAAAGAAAUAAAUGAUGAGAUUUAUGUUAACCACAUUUGUUUAACACCGGGCAAUGAGCUUACGAAAGACUUUUUGUCAUAUGCAGAAAAUAACGAUUUAAAUAUUUUUAAAUUAUAUAAUUCAGAAGAAGAUUGUUUGAAGAAUUUAAAAUAUGCCAUCGAAUUAAAAUCAAAAGAUAUUAAAAACGUGAAUUCACUUGAAUUAAAUGAUGAUAUAUUAAAUAUACAUGAAAAUGAUAAGAACAGUUUAUUAUAUAAUUUACAUAAAAAUAUAAUAAACUUAAAAUCAUCGGAAUUUAAUAUAAACGAUUUAUAUAAAGAUGUAUAUACAGAAAAUGAAUUUGAAAAUAUAAAAAAUUUGAAAAUAAAUCCACAUAUAUUAAAAGUGGUUAAAAAUACAGAAUUUUAUAAAAACUUUAUUAAAGAUAUAAAAAAUUUUAAAAAUGAAAAUCACUAUACGCAAUAUUUUAAUGAUGACAGAAAAAAAUUAUUUUUUUAUAAUUUUGUAAAAAAUAAUUUAGUGGAAACAAAUUAUUCUUGUGGUUUAUUAAGUGUAGAAAAUGUAAAUUAUUAUAAGAAAGAAAAAAAUGUGAAGUUUUCUUAUUUGUAUGGUUUAUCACCACAAAGUGAAGGCUUUAAGGGAAAAGGCUUAUAUAAAAAUGCAUCCUUGUAUAAUAAAUAUGAGAACAAACAAUAUGGAAACCCAUUUCACUUAUAUUAUCCGUAUGUUACAUUAGAAAGUGACAAAAAAAAAAAUGAAAAAAAUGAAAAAAAUGAAGACAUAUUAUCAUCUAUAAAUAACAAUGUAGUAAUGAAGAAUGGUAUACAAUCAUACCAUAAUAAUAAUUCCAUCAACAGCAACGACGACAAAAAAAAAAAUAAUAAUGAUAAUUAUUAUUAUUAUAAUAAUUCGGAUGGAUUAAUUACUAAUGUUAAGUAUAAAAUACGUGUAGGUGAUUAUGCUUUAUUAAAUUCUAAUGAGAAAUAUUUUUUCAAUGAUAUAAAUAUAAAUUUGAAACAGAAUUUCAUAAAUUUUAACACAGUUGAUGAUUUGUCAUUUAAUAUUUAUUUCAAUGAAUGGUAUUAUUUUAGUUUUUUUAUUGUAUUAGAAUAUCAAUUUAAUUCUUUUAUUUUAAAUUAUAAUGCGGACAUAUUAAAAAAGAAUAAUUUGUUAACACAUAGAUAUGAAGAGAUAAAUGAAUUAAAUAAAGAAAGGGAAAUAACUAUGGAAUAUAAAAAAAAAGAUGAAAAAGAAUAUCAGGUUAAUAAUGAAUAUAUUAAUGAAAAUGUUGGAUAUGAUGAGAAAGGUGGAAAAUAUAAAACUGAACUCAAAUUAAAUGACUUUUUUAUAUACAAGAUGCCAAUGAAAAGUAUGAAAAUUAAUGCAUUUGAUACUUUUGAAAAAAACAUAUUUCGGGUAGUUGUAUUUUUAUGUGUGUGUUUAUUUAUUGUAAACAUAUGUUUCGAUAUAAAUAAAGAGAGGAAAAUUAAUAUAGAGAAUUUCUUAUGUUGUCUUAAAAUAAAUAAAUAUUAUUAUUACUAUUCUUGGCUUUUAUUUUAUUUUAUUAUAUUAUUUUUUUAUAAUAUUAUAUUUACCUUAGUUAUAUAUUUUUAUGUAUAUAAAUGUUUAAUGAAUUACUUUAUCCUUUUCUUUCUAAUAUAUUUUUUUUUAAUGAAUAGUUUAUUAUUUACAAUUAUAUGCAUGCAAUUCUCUAAUAAUAGUUCCAUCAAUUAUAUAGCUACCUUUUUAUUAUUCUUCUUAUUUUCCUCAUUCCGUUUAAUUAUACAUUCAGGUGCCAGUAAUAUACUUACUUUCUUUGUACUCUUGAUACCACAUUCGUCAUUUUGUUUGUCUCUUGAUUUUAUAUUUAUAUUAAUAAAGAAUAAUAUAAAAAUAGAUUACAAGCAGUUGUUUAUAAAAUUUGAAAACAUCAGCUUGAUGCAUCUAAUUAUAUGUUCCAUAGUAUCUUUUGUUUUAUUAAUAUGUAUAUUGAAUUAUAUAAUAUAUUACAAGAGGAAGAAGAUGAAUAUGUUAAAUACUAAAUACAGGGGUAAGAGUAAAAGUAUAACGAAUGACAAAAGAAAAAAAUCACAACAGAAAACAUAUGAAUAUGGAAAUAUUAAUUAUGAUAUGUCGGAAAAGUAUCCAACUCAUCAAUUAAAAGACAACAGUAAUAAUUUCAUGCUUGAAGGAACUGAUGAAGAUGACACAUGUUACGAAUUAGAUACAUUACAUAAAAAACAGGUGAAUAGUCAAAUGUGUUUAAGGAUUGAAAAGAUAAGAAAUGAUAGAAGAGAAUCGAAUGGUCAUCCAUAUGACAUUCCCAUGAUACCUCUUCGACACAACAAUAAUAUAAAUAAUAAUAUAAAUAAUAAUAUAAAUAAUAAUAUAAAUAAUAAUAUAAAUAACAAUAUAAAUAAUAAUAUAAAUAACAAUAUUAAUAAUAAUAUAAAUAAUCAUAAUAAUAACAAUCAGCAUCGUAAUAAUCAAUGCUAUUUAAUUAUUCAAAAUGUUAAUAAAUUUUAUGGAAAGAAACACGCAUUAAAAGAUGUCUCCUUAACCCUUAGAAGUAACCGUAUUUUUGUACUGUUAGGAGAAAAUGGGUCUGGAAAAUCUACAUUAAUUAAUAUCAUAACCAAAAUGAUUAGUAAAGAUAGUGGUGAAAUCAAUUUUUUUAAAAAUAGUUAUAAAAAUAAAAAAAAAGAUAUUUAUAUGGAUGUUAAUAAAAAUAGAAGAAAUGGAUUAUGUGGUCGUAUAUGUUCAAAUGGUUAUAUUAAAGAAUUUGUUAUGAAUCGAAUAUUGAAAAGAAAUUGUAAUGAUACCAACAAUUAUGAUAAUAAUAGUAAUAAUAAUAAUAAUAAUGAUAAUCAUAGUAACAAUAGUGGUAGAAACAGUAGUUUUAAUAAUAAUAAUGUACAUAAUAAAGAUAUAAAAAAUGAUUUAGAAAUUAGUUAUUGCAGUCAGAAUGUUAUAUUAUAUGAAAAUCUUACAUUCUAUGAAACUAUAAAAAUAUUUUUAUUAUAUUAUAAUAAAAAUGUAGAUAAAUAUUUAAAUAAGAAAAGGACAUUAAAAAUUAUGAAUGAUUUGGAUUUAGUACAAUAUUUAAAUGAUCAAAUAAAAAAUCUUAUGGAUGAAGUAAAAAAGAAAAUAUCCAUAUUUAUAUGUUUUCUUGUUAAAAGAGAUAUAUAUAUAUUAGAUGAACCUUUUAUAGCUUUAGAUAUAAAAACAAAGACAAAGUUGUUCAAAUUUUUUGAUAAAAUCAAAAAGAAUAAUAUUAUCUUUAUAUGUACUCAUGAUAUAUAUGAAGCAAACAAUUUUGCUAAUGAUAUAGCAGUUAUAAAGAGUGGUCAAAUUAUUUUUAAAGGUUCAAAAAAUUCAUUCCAGAAAUUAAUUGAAUAUAAAUUUACUUUAAAUAUACAAUUUAAUGGGUUACCAAAUGAGGAACAGACAAAUUAUUUGAGUCAAGAAAAAAUUAUGUCUGCCUUGAAUAAAAAGGGUGUUAUAAAUUCGCCAAGAAAGGUAGGUAAUAAUUAUGUGGAUAGUUAUAAUAUUGGAAGGAUAUCAUCGUAUGAAAUUAGUAUUAAUGACAAGAAAAAGGAUAAUAAUAAUAAUGAUAAUAAUAAUAAUGAUAAUAAUAAUAAUGAUAAUAAUAAUAAUGAUGAUAAUAAUAAUAAUGAUAAUAAUAAAAACAAUAAUGUAGACCAUAUCGAUCAUCUGUUUGAUAUUCUUGUUACAAAUAUCAAUGAAUUUACCAAUAGUAGAGAUAUCAUUAAAAAGAAUAUUAUAAAAUUUAUUAAAGGCACAAGAAAUGAAAAUAAGAAUUGUUUCAUAUUUUUUAAUGAAAAUCAUAUUUAUUGUACUUACAAAAUAAAUGAAUUAGAGUCAUUAAAAAAGUUAUUAUGUGUCUUAAACAAAUUUAAAAAUAUGUUAACAUAUCAAUUAAAAACAAUAGAUAUAUAUUAUACUUAUAUAUAUAUUUAUACAUUGAAUGAAAAAAAAAAAUUAUUAAAAAAUAUUCAGGAUAAAGAUAUUAAAUACUUAAUUGAAAUUGAUCCAUUAUUUUUCUUAUUCUUUCAAAAUUUUAAAUAUUUUAAUGAACUCAAUAAUUUAUUACUAAUGAAGAAUAAACAUAUGCAACCUAUUUCUUAUAAUUUUGCAUAUUUAAGGGAUAUACUAGUAAGAGGUAAUGAAAAUAAAAAUAAUAUUAAUAGUACUAAUUAUGAUGAGAAUCCUUAUGAUAUUAAUAUGUAUAAUAGUUAUAAUAAAUAUGGUAAAUAUAAAAAAAAUAAUAAUAACUCUUUUUACAACAUGAGAGAUGAUACGGAAUUAACAGACAUUGAAGAAAAUAUAUCAAGUAAAAAAAAAAAAAAAAAAUUUAUAGAAAAGGAGUUCAGUUAUAAUACAUAUCAUAAUAAUAAAAAUGAUGAUGAUAAUAUGAUAAUGUCGAAUACUUCAAAUAGUAUGAAAAAGAAAAAUAUAAAAAAACAAAAUAUUUUUAAAACAUGUAUAAACUUUUUCACAACAUAUAUUAAGCCAACCUUAUUAUUAAAAUUGAAAAAAGAUUUAGGUAGCUCAAGUUUUUAUUGGUACAAAUUUAUCGUACCUUUAUUUCUUUUAUCCUUUGGUCUUUUAAUAAUAAAAUGUGUGUCUUUGUUUGGAAAGGUGCAAAAUAUUGAUUUGGAUUACUCCACAAUAAGUUCUAAUCAUUUAAAACAAAGUACGAUUAAUUAUUUUAUAUUAUAUAAGAAUGAAAUGAAUAACAAUGAAACGUUGGAUUAUAAUAAAUAUAAUUUAAACGAUAAUAAUAUAAAGAAAAAUUUGAAUAAUUCUUAUGAUAAGAUUUUGAAGAAAUUAGAAACUAAGCAAGAUGAUCAUGCAGAGGAAUCUCAUAUUAAUAAUAGUAAUAAUAAUAAUAAUAAUAAUAAUAAUAAUGAUAAUAUAAAGGACAUUUUAAAAUUAGAAGACAAUGAAUAUAAUUAUAACAAAUUAAUACAUGAAAACUCAUUUAAUUAUUAUAACAGUACAAUAAAUUCCCUUUUACAAAAAUAUUGCUUAAAAGAAAAAAUAAACUAUAUAGAUGAACCCUUAAUCGAAGAUAAUUUAUAUGAUAGUAUAAAUAAUUAUUUAGAAAAGAAAGCCAAUCAUGAAAAUGAAAUAUCUUUAGGUACCUUUGCUUUUUUAAUAACAGAAAAAAAAGCAGAUAAUAGUGAUAAUAAGGAAGAUGUAGAAACCUUGGAGACAAGAAAUGAUACGGAUGUUAAUAAAGAGGUGGAAAUUAAUAUAAAUUUGUUUUAUAACUAUACUUCUAUCCAUUCUUAUGCAUACUACACCAAUUCAUUAUUCAAUAUGCUGUCAGAUUUUCAAAAUAUAUUAAACAAGAAAAGUGGUAAUGAAAAUAUUAUUUUGGAUGGUAAUACAUAUGAUAAUAUUAAAGUUGUUGAAGAUGUGAAGGGUAAUUAUGAUAUGAAUACAUUAUUAUAUCACAAAGAAAAUAAAUACAAUUAUUCCAUAAAAGAUUUAGAUAAUAAAAAUAUUACAGAUGAAUGUAAUACAAAUUUUAGAUUAUCAAAGAAUGUAUCAUAUAAUAAUAAUAAUAAUAAUAAUAAUGAGGAGGAGGAACAUAUAAAUGGAAAUAUAAAUUAUAAUGAUAGUAAUAAUAUAUAUAUUAUACCAAAUGAUAAAGAAGAAGAGAAUAAUUUCCAUGUUAAGAAAUUAAAGAAAAGAAUUGAUACAUUAAAUGAACCAUUCAAUAUAAAAUUUCAUGAACAUUUCAUGAGAGAUUUUUAUAUUAAUAUAUAUGUAUUUUUAUCUAUAGUAAUAUUUUUUUGUGUAUUUUUUGAAAGAUUUAAAAAUGAAAUUGAGAAUAGGAAAAUAUUUGAAAAUUUCCAUGUCCAUCAAUAUAUACAUUAUUUUCAAAUAUUACUAUUAGAAUAUUUAUAUUAUUUUAUAUAUAUAUUAUGUUUAUUUUUAGUUUUAUAUAUAUUUGAUUAUAAAGAAUUUUUAUUUAUGUCCUUUUUUUGUUUCUUAUUAUUAUAUGGUUUUAAUAUAUUUUUAUCUAUAUGUUUAUUUUCCUCUUUAUAUUUACAUAGUUAUAUUUUAUUUUUGUUUUUCAAUUUCAUUUUCUGUGGUAUAAUUAGUAUUGUCAUUUAUGUGUUGGUAAUUUUAUCAUAUGCAUAUAAUAAUGAGAUAUUAAUAAAUUUAUCUCAUGUGUUAGUAUGUAUAUUUAGAAUAUUUGAUUCCUUUGCUUUAUCUCAUGUAUUGAAUAUAAGAAGUUUAUGCUUAAACGUCAAACGUCAUAUGAAGCAUAUUGAUGAAGAUAUAAUGUAUGAAGAUAUGAGUAGUUCAAAUAAUUUCGUUAUAUUUGGCUGUUUCAAAAAGGUAUAUAAUCAACUAUCAGGAGACAAUAAUUUAAAUAUUUCAGAUGGAAUACAAGGUGUUUGUGAAGAUUCGAAUUCUUUUUUUAAUACAAGUGGAGAUUUUGUAUUCCUAUUAAUCAAUUGUAUUAUUUAUUUGUCUAUUGUUGUUUAUAAGUUGUUACAAAUUAUACCUUCCAAGGAGCUCACAGAGAAAGAAAACGAAAAAAAGAAUUAUGAAGAAAUUAUUUUAAACAAUUCCUAUAAUGUAGGUGUAGAAAGAAAAAAACAAAAAAAAAACAGAUAUACAUUUUUUUUAAAAAAUUUUUAUUUAUCUAAUAAGGAAUAUAAACAACCAAAAGAAAAUUAUGAAAAAAAUAUGAAUCCAUUUUUUUAUUUCAUUCAAAAAUUGUUUAAUUUAAAAAGAGGAAAUAACGUAGAUGAAAAUAAUACAACAGUGGGUAUUUAUAAAUAUGGAGAAAACGUAGAUAGUAAUAAUUAUAUAUCUGAAGAUGAAAUUAAUAUAAAUAAUCAAUUAAAUUCUGAAGGAUAUUUAAAAAAUGAUAUAUAUAUGAACGAAUUGAAUGAUAAUUAUAAUAAUGAUUAUGAUGAUAAUACGAUCGAUAUAGAAAUGCAGAUAUCAGAAAAAACAAAUAUAAAAGAAAAAAUGUUAUAUAAAGAAACAGAAAUAGAUAAAUAUUAUAAAGGACAAUUAGAUGAUGAUAAUGAUGAUGAUGAAGAAAAAAUUUUUAAUAAAAUUAGCCAAAAAUAUAUUUUAAAAAAUUUAAAUAUUAAAAUGCGUCCAUACAAAAUAUAUACAUUUUCAUCUAUAUUUAAUAACGAUUUAAAUAUUUUAUAUUUUUUUAAAUAUUUUUUUUGUAAUAAUAAAGAUAAUUUAAAAGGAAGUUUACAAACAAUAGCAUAUGGACAUAAGUAUGAAAUUAAUAAUAAAUUUAUUAAUAAAAAAAAUCAAAAUGAACAUAUUUCAGAAAAAAUUCAAAAAAUGAAUGAAAGAGAUUACAAAAUUGAAUUAAUUCCGACCAUGUCUAUUUAUGAACAUUUUAAAAUAAUUUUAACUUUUAAAAAUAUUGAAUUAACAAAUAUUGAAUUAAAAUAUAUUAUCAACUUAUUAAUGUUAAUUGUAAAUUUAAAAUGUGAUAUACAUAUUAAUUGUAAUCAAUUAAGUGGAGGUAUGAAAAAGAAAGUAGAAUUGAUGAUUAAUUUGUUGAGAGAUGAUAAAAUAAUCUUUUUAUACAAAUUAAAUGAUAAUAUAGAUUUCUGUUCACAAAUAUAUAUCAACAUUAUUUUAAAAAAUAUUCUAUUAUAUAAUUGUGAGGAAGAAGAAUAUGAACAUAAAGAUGAAUAUAAAGGGGAAUAUAAAGGGGAAUAUAAAGAUGAAUAUAAAGGGGAAUAUAAAGAUGAAUAUAAAGGGGAAUAUAAAGAUGAAUAUAAAGAUGAAUAUAAAGGGGAAUAUAAAGAUGAAUACAAGGAUAAAUAUAAAGAUGAAUAUAAGGAUAAAUAUAAGGAUAAAUAUAAAGAUUACGAAUGUUACAAAUAUUACGAAGAUCCUGUUUAUGAACAAGACAUACAGUUCUAUAAAGGACAGGGGAUUUACACAAAUGAUGAGAACCAGUUUGAUGAUUAUAUAGAUAAGUACUCAUUAGAUGAUUUAAGAGGAAACGAAGAUCGUAAAGAGUUAAGAGCAAAUAUGCUGAAAGGACAACAUGAUAAAAAUAAUUAUAAAUUUGAUGAAUCAAACGACAUUAGUUAUACAUCUAAUGAUGUAUUAAACGGUGAUGAUGACAUGUUGAGUUUAAGAAGGAAUACUAAAGAAUUCAAAAGGAAUAAAAAUAAAAUUAAUAAAAAGAAGAAAAAGAAAAAUGAAUUAGUUUUAGAAACAUAUGAUAUCGAGAAAACAAAUAUGAAUCAACUAGGAAGUAACCUAAGUAAUAGUAAUUAUUUAGAAUGCAAUAUUUCAUCUAACAUGAACAGUGUUAAUGAACAUAUUAUUCAUUCAUUUAUAAAAGAAAAUAUAUUAAAAAUAAAAUUUGGAAUUGAAAAUUUUGUUAUAUAUACACAUAUAUAUACAGAUAUAUUAUAUUAUGAUUAUUUAUAUUUAUUUAAUAAAAAUAAAAUAAUAUAUAAGAAUUAUACAACAAAUAUAAAAAACAAUUUUAAAAAGUUCUAUUCAUUUCAAAUAAAAUUAAAAGGUAUACGUGACAGUAAAAUUAUUGAUUAUGUUCAUAUGUUUUUUUCAAUCAAUAAACAUGCUUUUGCACGCUUUGAAAAGGUUAUAAAAAAAAUGGAUGAUAAAAAUUCAAAGAAGCCAAAAAAAAAAAAACAACUCAUCUCACCAGAAGACAUGCCGUCCAAUUCUAUUAUUUUAUUCCUUGAAAAUAAUGUUAAAAGAAAUGUGUUAAAUGUACAUAAUUUAUAUUAUAUAUUUAGAACCAUGAAAAAAAAGAAAUACAAUAAUAAAAAGAAAAAAGGAAAUUUAAUUAGUUUAUGUAAAUUUCAUAAAAUAUUACUUAACUUAAUUAUAGAUAAAUAUUCAUAUUUACAUUCUUAUUUAAGCCGAAAUAAAUAUAUAUCAAUUUUCCAUCUAUUCAAGUUUGCUAUAUGUGAAGUGGCUUAUCAAAAUAUACAAAAGUUUAUAAUUAAAUAUAAAGGGAUAAAAAAAGUUUAUUCAGAGAUAACCUCUAUAAAUAACUAUGUUUUUAUAUUGAAAAUUUAUGACAAUAAGCAUAUUUUUAAAAUUUUGGAAAUGGACAAGAGACUUAAGUUUAACGACAAAGAUAUCGAGGUUGAACAGAUAGACAUCAAUAAUGUAAACGCAAAUGAUAUAUUUUUGUUAAUGUUUAAGAAAUUGCUUUAA